UUCUUUACUCUGCUCCUAUUUCGUUUUUUUUUUCACAGAGUUUUCUCUGUUUUUUAUUUCUUAGAAAAAUGGGAAAUUGUCAGACGAUAAACGCGGCGGCGCUGGUUCUACAGCAUCCCGGCGGCAAAAUAGACAGGUACUAUAACUCUAUCUCCGUCAACGAGAUCAUGAGUAUGUAUCCUGGCCACUACGUGUGUCUCAUCAUUCCUUUGACGGAAGAGGAAGAGAAGAACGUUCCAACGACUGUGAAGAGAGACGAUAAGAAACACAAGAAGGGCGUGAGGUUUACACGUGUUCAUCUUCUCAGGCCUAAGGAGAGUCUCGUGCUUGGUCAUGCUUACCGUCUCAUUACUUCCCAAGAAGUGAUGAAGGUCUUAAGGGAGAAGAAAUGCGCGAAGACGAAGAAGCACCACACCGAGGCGAUGACUACGGUGAAGAAGUUGUUGGAGAAGAAUGUUCCGGAGAAGAAACAGGGGAAGCAGAGUUCAGCUUCUUUCUUAAAGUCUAAAACAUGGAAGCCCUCUCUUCAGAGCAUCUCUGAAGCUACAAGCUGAGUGUUUUGGUUCUUGUUCGAGGGACAAGAAACAGUUACUUGGUUACUGAAUAAACUCUGGAUCUAUUCCUUUUUUUUUUAAUUUUCUGGUCCUUAUAGCAGAGGAAGAAGUCAAGAUUAAGAUAUGAAGAGAUAAGAGUAGUGGAUAUCUUCCCUAUUACAAAGAAAAGCUCAAGAAAGGCACGAAGAACAAAGCUUUCUUUCUUCUUUUUUUUCUCCAUCUUCAAUGUACAUAUUUUCGCAGAUGGAGAGAUCAAUCGAAGUUUGCAAGACCAGACCAGACCAACGUGUGGUUUCUGUUGAUGUAAACUCGAUUCAGAAGAAACAGAGCUUGUAAAACUAUGAACAAAUAAGAUAUCUUUUACUAUCUUUCUUUGUUGUUUCCAGUCG